AUGGAUAUAGAACAUAACGGAUCAUCUACAAAUAGUAUACCUGAGAGUGGUGAAGAAUUUAAUCUUUUCCAGUCCACUGGGCAACCGAGACUCGGUGCCCAGCCACAAAGUGAUAACAAAAUCAAUUGGAAGUUACUAAGAGAAGCAUGUCUUUCAAAUGAUGUUUUUACUAACUCUGAGAGUGACGUCUUAAAGCAAAAAAGUCCUCUUUGUAAUAAUAUGUUACAUAUAGCUGCUAGUCUUGGAAAUGAUGAACUUGUGAAAAAGGUAAUUCCAAAAGCCCCACAUCUUUUGACCGAAGAAAAUUUUAAUGGUGACACUGCACUGCAUGUUGCUGCAAAAUGUGGCCAUUUCCCUGUUCUUGAGAGUUUGAUAUUUGGUCAUUUUAAAAUCUUCCAAGAGGCUUUGGACAAAAUCUUAAUAAAAAAUAAGCUUGGAAACACAUUUUUCCAUGAGGCUAUAAUUAAUGGUGACGAAGAAGAAUUGCUUUCCCUACUUUCUCAUUUUAACGAGGUGUCAAAGAGAGCUACACUAUUAGAAAUAAACAAUGAAAAGAAAUCAGGUUUAUAUUUGGCAAUUGAGGCUGGCUACAAGCAACUUAUUGAUAAAGCACUAAGUGAAGAAAUUAUGCAAGACUCAAACUUUGUUACUCGAGGAAAAUCACCCCUUCUUGCAGCAAUCUUGAAGCAAGACGAAGGUACGUAUUGA